UGAACUGCACUCAACAUGCCGGAGCGCCGCAGCAGCCCGCUGGAGUCGCUGCCGCCCGAGGUGCUGCACGAGGUGCUGUCGUACGUGCCCACGGAGCAGUUCCUGCAGCUGCGCCUGCUGAGCCACUGCUGGAGCCGCCUGGUGCUGCAGGCGUCCUUCUGGCGGCGCCGCCGCCUCCACGUGCCGCCCGGCAGCGACAAGCCGCCCUACCCCGGCAUCCUGCGCCUGGCCCCCGCCCUCGGCACCCUGGUCAUGCAGAUGAUGCCCGCGUCCAAGCCCCUGCCGGGACUCCUCUGCCUCAAGGCCCUGGCCAGGGGCCGCUGUCAGAUCCGCUUCUUGGACCUGUGGUUCACGGCCAGCACCACGUCCAACAGGCUCCUUUCGCGCGUGCUGCGCAAUCGCCGCUCGUCGCUGCAAGAGCUGCACAUCUUCAUCAGCGGCUGUGCCUCCACCAGCAACCUGCUGACGGCCUUGGAAGCGGUGGACGCUCUGGAGGCGCUGCACACGCUCAAGCUCCAAGUCAUGUCCCGCAAGGCCCUGGACUUCACGUUCAAGAACCUUCGCCUGAAGAGUCUGCAAGUCCUGGACUACGAGGAUCAUGCGGAGAAGAUGGCCAGGGACCUCCUGCGCCUCGGCAGGGACACCCUCCUGGAGUUCGGCCUGGAAUCGACAGGCAACUUGGCCGCCCUCAAACCGGAGAUCGCGCAGUGCAGCAAGAUCGCCGCCCUGGCAGUGGACUGUUGCGAAGAUCUCGCCGAAGUGGUGCCUCUGCUCCCCGCGCUGGAACGCGUCACCAUCAAAACCACCUCCACGGCGGCCGUGGCGUGGCUGGAGCGCGCGCGGAGGGACGGCUUCUCGGGGAAGGUCCACAUGGAAGUCACCACCUACGACGACCGCAGCUUCCAGAGCCUCGUGGACAUGGGGCCCGGCCUGCGCGGCGUGCACAGUGUGGCGGUGAGCCCCUCCGUGUGGGCGCUGUUCUUGGAGAGGGCGCGCCUCGCCGUGCCGCCCGCACUCGUGGCGGAGUGCCUGCAGCUGCUGCCGGCAGCGCAGAGCGUCGUGCUGGACGUGGACACGGACUGGCACGGCGUGCUGCUGGCCUGGUCGCCCACACUGGUGCCCAGCCUGCGCAGCCUCUCCAUCUUCGUCCCAGACCCGCCAAACUCGCCCGCCCGCCUCCAGCUGGCACACAAGCUCAGAACCUUGCGUCCGGGGCUGGUGGUCAAGUUUCUGUAGUCCAGUGAGACUCUUUUUCUUUACCUCUGUGCAGUAACUGUAUGUUGUUCCUGUUUACGUCAAUCGGUAUAUGAGCGUAUCAAGUACUAAAUAGUAAAGUUUUUUUUCCUUUUCGGGUACUCGGUCAACUUGCAUGCACUAUGGUUAAGGCGUACUGGGCAUGUUCUGCAGUCCAGUUCGCGCUCGCUUGGCCUGGAGACUCCGAUAGUGCUCACUUCGCGCGAACACUCUUGUCGACGUUCCCUCUCUGUAGUUUGUCAAACUUGUACUUCGGAAAGUGUCACUGACCUGGUUUGUAGCUAUGCAAAGCUUUGUGUUAAGUGGCAACCAUUACGUGCUUAAAUGUGCAAGACUUGAAUUAUAGUCGCAGGUAUUGUCUUUUCUUGUGCGAAGUUCACAUUGAUUGAAAUUUAUCUUACUGCUGGCUCAGUAAGCAAACGCGGUCUCUGGAAUCCAAUCUUUGCUGUUUCCUUAUGAUUUGCCUUCAGUUAGCACAGGACUGUGAUCGAAUGGAUAUCAUGGGAAAUAUAUGUCAACGUAUUAUCCUGUUUAUUUUGUCAUUAAAACGUGCAUUUGUUUCUU